AUGAUCAAGGUGUCGGAGAGCACGAAGUGGCACGUCAAGGAUCAGUACCUCCCCUGGGGCAUGGUGGAGACGCAGUUCGGGGGGUACGAUAAGGCGAAGGCGGCCAUGGAGCAGGGCCGCAUCGUCGCGAUCGAGAUCGACGGGGAGGAGUGGUACAAGGUCAAGACCAUGGAGGUCACGAGGGGUGCUGAGGUCAGGCGCGAGAGGGGCCUCGGAACGUCGGGGCAGGUGGUCGACGGUGACUGGCUGGCGAAGGCUCAGGACUGGCUGUCGGGCCUCGAGUUCGACAUCGGCAAGCCGCUCGAGAACCAGUCCCCGCCCGCCAUCAAGCAUGGCAUCGAGGAGCCCAUCAACAGUAAGGACAAGGAUCCCAUGCUGGUCGCCAUGACCAAGGUGAAGGCCGCCCACACGAACCUCAACAACUUGAAGGUGAAGGCCCUUGAGGUGAGCGGCCUCGAUGCGAAGGACCCGCACCACGCCGAUCUGAUCGAGAAGCAGGUGACCAACAAGAUCCCCGAGAUCCAGAGCCUUCUCAACAGCUACGACUACCUGCUGAAGAACAAGGUCCUCCAGGACCACGCGGGCAAGACCGAUGUGGCGGCGAUCAGGGCGAAACUCAUGUCGGAUUCGAAGGCGAUGGCCCCGAUUGCGAGCGCUGUGCAGGUCGCGAUGAGCAUGGCUGGCGAGUAG